UGUUUUGUUUUUGUCCUCCUGGGGUAGUGGGAGAACGAAUCGUGAGGAUGGAACGCGGAGGCCGCCGGCCGAGGGCGGAGGAGGUGAUCGCCAAGCUGAAGGACGAUGGCGAUUUCGACGAACUCCGCCUUAAAAUCAUCCGCAAGGUCAAGGAGAAUGAGGAGCUGCGCAAUCGCAUUGUUAUGGAGGUUAAGCAAUCGGUAGUCCUUAAUGAAGAGGGUUCUGAGAAAUUAAAACUUAGACAACUUUCCGAUGGUAUUUAUCAAGAGCUUGGGAGCAAGAUAAUGGGACAAAUCUCAGAUGAGGUGUGGAAGGUUAUCAAAUCAAAUGAGAGCGACGUCAGAGGGACAGUGGAAUCAGUGUAUAAUAGAAUAGUUAAACCCGAGGAGAGGAAAGAAGAUCGCUCUUCUCCCCUUAAACAACAAUCAAGCAGUGGUAAAGAAGAUCAUGCUUCUCUAACAGCUUCUACAGGUGAUUCAAAUGCUACUGAUAAUGGGCCACAGGAACCACCAGGCUUUGCUGUAGCUGAUCAGCAGGGCAGGAAGAGCAAAGAAGUGGAGCACAAGGACAUGCUUCAUGAUCAGAAACCACACUCCAACAAAGAUGAGCUUCACAGCCUACAGCCUGUAGAUGAUGCUGUACCACCUGGCUUUGGUCCACGAAUUAGUGGGAUGGAGCAACCAGAUGGCGGCAGUGAUGAGGACCCUGAUGUGCCUCCUGGUUUUGGUUGACAAUUAUCCAUAUGUAGGCUACCAUAGUUUGUCCCACAAUGUGCUUGUCAAUUUUGGAGCGCUCUCUCUCUCUCUCUGUGUGUGUGUGUGUGUGUGUCUGUCUGUCUGUCUGUGUUGUGAAGAUAUCAUUGCUAUGUUUGAACUAGUUUCUCUCCCAGGAGAAAGGUGAUAACCAGUGGGCCAAAGUUCUGUUGGUAUCAUCAUUGCUAUGUUUCAUAUAUAGAAGCUCCAGAAUUCAUGGGUGAA